AUGGCUGCGGCGAACGCCCCGAUCUCCAUGAAAGAGGCUCUCACUGUAAGGAUCUCACAAUGAUUCCGCCUUUCUCGUUUAUUUAAAUUUUCAGGAUUCAAUUUGAGCUUAAAAGAGAACCUCCAUGUCGAAUAUGUUCAAUGCUCGGUUUCUCGUUCUGGCCUCCGGGAAUUUGCUCGGGGAUUUCGGAUCUGUCCAGAUCUGUAGGUGAAAAUAGUGAUCUCGUGUGCGUCGUGCGUUUUAGGGAUGAACUUGUACAUAUUGAAUCGUAAUUAUGUAGUUUUUUCCGCCGGUUGCUGCGGGUUGUCAGAUACUGUUGAAUCAACCUAGGCUGGGAGUUUACACGCUCUUCCUUUGUUUACAAUUAAUGGAUAAAUUUUCUUUGUUUUUUUCGUCUUCGUAGCUCACGAGCCUCGGAAUAAAUCCGCAAUUUGUCACAUUCACGCAUGUCACAAUGGAAUCGGAUAGCUACAUAUGCAUCAGAGAGACUUCACCGCAGAACAGUGUUGUCAUCGUGGACAUGAACAUGCCGAUGCAACCAUUGAGGAGGCCAAUCACCGCAGAUUCAGCUCUGAUGAAUCCUAACUCUAGGAUUCUCGCUCUUAAAGGUUCUCUUCUGAUAAUUUCUCUGCACAAGCAUGUUUUCACAUCGGACUCCAUGUUGAUGUCCUCUUCCCAUGUUCUUCUUAUGGAAUUGCUUAUCUCACAUAUGCUGUACUAAUGCCAGGGAUAUUUUUUACGGAGGUGAUGUAAUUUUGUCAUUAUAUUCGUUGGUAGCAUCUUUGACAAUGUUAGCCGUUAUCAGAUUCAUGUGACAUGUUUUUUUUUUCUUCAUCUAAAUGUUCGUGCUUCUCUUUGUACGUGGCUCUCCUCACCCCUUUAUUUGCACACAAUUUGGUUAUGUCAUCGUUUUAGGGUGAAUCGUUGUAGAGGCGACAUGUUCGUUUGGUUACUAUUAAGGAAGUCUUUUUAGUGUUUGUAGCGUUUAUGCAUUUUACUGAUUGUCCGCUUUCGAAUACCAUCCCUUAUUUAUCGGCAUCUAAAUUUAUCUUUUUCCUUCUUCAUCAGAAACUCUUUCAGGCAUAAUUAUGAAUUGUAAAUUCAUUGUACGAGCUAAAAAUACUCUGUUGGUGUUUCUGAAACCAACUUCUAGUAUAUGUUGCAUCAUUUUAAGCACCUUGGAAGGAGUUUACUUAAAAUUAUUAGCACAGGAGGAACUGUCGGGAGGGGGAAAAAUCUACGAACUGAGCAUGUUAUUAGCCAGGACCACGAGUUGAUAUGAAUCAGUUGGAACAUAUAAUGAAAACUGGGGCUUGAUUUUUUCUCAGUUUCCAAAUUUAAAUUCGAUUUCAAUUUCUCAGUUUCUUAUAAAAUUUCAAGAAAUAUCCCCAAGCCGAACUCUUUUGUCGUUGCCUGUUUUACUUUUUGAUUUUGAACCACGUGGGACCUGUGAGAUCGCUGUAUUUUAAAGAGCCGCCAUCUAGAAAGUGUCAGUCAGUCGAAACCAGGUUGGUUUAAGUUACCGCUUCACUUAUUUCUCCAUACAAAUGUUUAAGACUACGACACUUCUGGCCUGAAACAAUAAAUGUUAAUAUGAACGUACGUGUUUGUUUGCUAAAUAUUUUAAGAUAGGAGAGGGGAACGAGAAGGAUUUACAUACAUUAGAAUUGAGUUCCUAGUGAAGAUGCAUAAUUAGUAACUUAAAUUAUGUGAUUUUAUACCCUGUCAACACAGCUGAUUGUUAUCCCCGGAAAUUUUGCUGCAGUGUAUCGAUCACUUAGUUUGCGUACCACCUUUCAUGAUUGCUGUUAUGAAUGUGAUUCUAUUUCGGCAUCACCAUGGGACCAUCUGGAUCAGCUUGGUGUUUUUAUCAAUUCACUUAAAUCUGGGGGAAGGUGUGCUGGUGAAGUCUAGGAGGCCGAUCUAGUACAUCUUAUCUGCUGGAGGGAUUCUAGAAUGUGCUGCCAAGUUUUAUGUCAUAGGACUGUCAGAAAUGAUUUUUUUAAUAUCUUUUGGAGCCUCGUAGUCAUUUUAUGCCAUUUUUCCCUGUCAUAUGUACGGCAGACAUUUUGGCCGUUGAACUUACUGAAUGUCUAGAUGUAUGUGAAUAUGUGGUUGGCAAGGCACAUAUUGUCGUCUCAAGAACCAGUUGCAAGAUUCGGAUGAAAUUCACACUCAUUGUUCAAAAGAAUUCAAUUUUUGGUGAUUUUGGGCUACCUUGCACUUUAUAUCAAUUAGUGAAUAAGCUUCGUGUACGUUACUUCUUGUUGACUAGUAAAUUCAUUUGGGAAAGAAGGAAAAACAACAUGUCUGCACUAAGUAGAAGUUGUCUGAUACAUAGGCGUUGGAAUUAUUUCAUUUUUGGAGUGUAAAUUAGGUUCAACAAUACAACUCUAUUUAGUAAUAUUCGAAGCUUGAAAAAGUUGGAGAGCUUUAUUGGUUGAGGUGUAAUAUGAUUCUUGUUAAAGUAGAUUAUGUGCUUACUCAUCUCCAGUAGAAUGCCAAUCAACAAAAAAUAAUCACCUGGUCCAAGGUGUAAUAGCUCUUUCCAGUGGAAUUACAAAAAUGCACUUUGAUUUCUACAAAAAUAAUGACUAACUGUAACUAUUCUUCAGAUUGCUGAAAUUUCUUUUGAGACGAUCAGUUUCUGUCAUCUUUAAACGAUGUGUUGCAUAUCUGAUGCCAUUGCCAGAUUGAAAAUCAUUCUAACUUUUUUUUGUGCCAAAUUGGCAUUUUCUAGAUCCGAUUUCGGAACUAAAGUCGUAAAACAUUCUGAUCAAUUUCUCUACAUGUGUAUACAUCUAUGAAGAUGAUAUAUGAACACAGAUAUGUAUCUGUAGACAACUGUUCAUGCUGUAAGUUUAAAGAUGUGGUUCUGAAGACAAUGCCAAUGCUGCUGGUCUCAAAUCUAGUGGCGCUAUCAAGGAGAAGAGAGGGUUCUAUCUAAAGUCGUAUGAGAGCAGUUAAUGGGGAGAAACUGCUGAAGAAUUGUUUUUCUCUCUCUCUUUCUCUCGUUAAUAUGUAAAGUGGAUGAGCCAGGAGUUUUAUUAAAAGAGAGAAGAGGAAUAUAUAAAAGUUAGCUUCAUAAGGAUGAUUCAUGGAAAGUUCUUUAAUUUUGUGUAAUCCAUUUUUCCGUCAAAUUCGCAUCCUUCACUAUUUGACUUGUUUGAAACUGACACAAGUGACUGGAAAACUUUAGCAUACCCUUAUUUAUGACCACCACUUUGUCAUGUGUGGAUACCUGUGAGUACAGAGCUGUCGGUGACCUUUAAUUUGCUUCUGUUACUAGUAUUUUGAUCCAUACAUUUGAAUUUCAUGCAUUAACCAAACUCCUUGGCUAUUAGGUUUGGACAAAGUUAUCGUAGCUUCAUCUUGCCUGUUUGUUGUUUUCCUUCUGUGUGUUGGCACGUUCUGUAGGCUAUGUCUAUGACAUAAGAAUGAUUUGAAAGCCAAUUUAAGUAUUGAGUGGCUUUUCCUUUGCAGCUCAACUUCCAGGGACUACCCAGGACCACCUACAAAUAUUCAAUAUUGAGCUAAAGGCUAAGAUGAAAUCACACCAAAUGCCUGAGCAGGUGAAGGAUAUGAUGCCUCUGUUUGCAGGUUUUUGUUUUAUUUUCCUGCACUUUAUAUUGAACUUAUUCUGUAAAUGAAUCAUUCUUUGUGUCUAAAAUCACGCUUAGGUUGUCUUUUGGAAAUGGAUUACCCCGAAGAUGUUGGGGCUAGUUACCCAAUCUUCAGUAUAUCACUGGUCAAUUGAAGGUAACUGUCCCGGAUUUUUCAUUUUGAAUAUUUCCCAAUGGCAGUAACAUCUUACAUCAAAAGCUUAUUGCAUAGGUUCGUUAAAUUUCUAUGAACCGUGUUCUGUAUUUUUUAGGUGACUCUGAACCUGUGAAGAUGUUUGAAAGAACUGCUAAUUUGGCAAAUAAUCAAAUUAUCAACUACCGUUGUGAUCCCUCUGAGAAAUGGCUGGUUUUGAUUGGUAUCGCACCUGGUUCUCCAGAGGUACGUUACCGAAUGUGCUUUACCUUAGCCUUUUCGUAUGUUGCAUAACUUUAAUAUGAUUCAGUGAUUCCGUGUAUUCCGCUGGGUGCAAUGGUUCAUAUUGAUAAUGUAGGUAUAACGGGAAAAACCAUUUCUGUGCUGACUUUGUAGGCUUAUACGGUUGUCUUCCUAAAAAAAAAACCGUGUUCUACAUCUCUGAUUAUUUCCAUUUUUCAACGGAAUGAAGUGAGUUGUGAAAGACAGGCUGGGCAUCAGUUAAAUCAUCUAAAAUGUGCAAUACGCAGGAAAAUCAUUCCUGAAAAAUUCAGAUCUAGCGCAUAAAUCGUUAAUAUUUAGAGUACUCACAUCUUUUGUGUUCAUAGUAUCUGUGCUUGGCUUUUAACUGAACUUUCCUUUCUAGUGUUUCUUUGCUGUACAAUAAUGAUUAACCUUUUCACUCACGGAAGAAGCUGUAUUUUUUAAUGAUGAUAAAUUAAUAAUAAUAAUUAUGUCCCUUCUUAUUGAAAAUGAGGUCUUCCGAUCUUUCUUUUUACUUGAAAAUGUUCGGAGUGUUCAUUAUAAUAAGCAUGCUGUAAAAAUGUGCCAUCAUACCUGAUUGCAGCGGCCACAGCUGGUGAAAGGGAACAUGCAGCUUUUCUCUGUUGAUCAGCAGCGCAGUCAAGCACUUGAAGCACAUGCUGCUUCAUUUGCAUCCUUUAAGGUGAGAAUAUUUCUGUAGUUUCUUCUCAUCUCCUUGGUGUUUCUUUUGCACGAUAUUAAUAUGAGCAGCUCUUGAAGUACUGAGAUGGGAUUUUUGAUUGGACUUGACUAGGUUGCGGGCAAUGAGAGUCCUUCUAUUCUUAUUUCAUUUGCAUCAAAGACUGUCAAUGCUGGGCAAGUUACCUCAAAGCUGCAUGUGAUUGAACUUGGUGCUCAGCCGGGUAUCACUAGUGCUUUUGCAUCUUUCUUAUUUUUUAGUCCGUUAAGAAUUUUUCUAUACUAUGCUCGACUUUAUCUAAAUGAUCUUUUAUGCAUCGUAUUGUCUCUUUUUCGUUCGUUGAGCUGACGAAAAUAUGCUUUUACCAGGUAAACCGGGUUUUACAAAGAAACAGGCUGAUCUUUUCUUCCCACCAGAUUUUGCUGAUGACUUCCCAGUAUCAAUGCAGGUGAUGCAUUUAUUUUUAGUUUUACUCGGUGGACUUUUAUGGUUCUAUUAUUAAAAUAUUAAGAUGUUAAUUUUUUGUGCAGAUCUCUAAUAAGUACAGUUUGAUAUAUGUAAUCACAAAGCUUGGCCUUCUAUUUGUUUAUGAUCUGGAAACGGCCACAGCUGUUUACAGAAAUCGCAUAAGUGCGGAUCCUAUAUUUUUGACUUCUGAAGCUUCAUCAGUUGGAGGCUUUUAUGCUGUUAACAGGAGAGGUCAAGUUCUUCUGGCCACUGUUAAUGAAGCAACGAUUGUGCCCUUUAUCAGCGGUCAAGUAUGUUCCUAUAGCUAUGUUUCUUUUUAUUUUUUUAAUAUUUGAAAGUGGAUAGAACCACAUAUUUAUUGAGUAUAAAAAAGAUGAAAAUACAUUUAUCCCUUCUUUUCUGUAAAUUGCAACGAUUCAAACAUGAUUCUGCUGAUGUGAAUAUUCAGUUAAACAAUCUGGAGCUGGCUGUUAAUAUUGCGAAAAGAGGAAAUCUUCCGGGAGCUGAGAACUUGGUAAUCAUUAUUUUGAAUUUAUAUUUUUUCAUAAGUUUAUUUCUAAACCAUCGCAGAUCAUGUGUAUUGAGAGCUAUCAAGUCUUGCGUCUUGCAGUUACUGUUAAUCUUUUAAAAGGAAUCAAGAAUUCUUCUACUUGAUGAAGCGUUUUUAGUUUUGUCCAAUAUAUGAUUGAUCUGAAUGCUGCGUUCAUAAUAUUUUAAAGUUUGUAAAAAAAUUGGACAUAAUUUCUAAUUAGAAUUGACGUCAUAUUAUCUCUGUUUCUCAUGUUUAGUUGCAGACUAUUUUUUGUCAUAAAAAUAAUCAUAUUGGAUUAUUUUUUCGACCAAGUUUCUUCUCCUACCCAGACUGUCCAAAUGUUUUUUUAUACUUUCGUGGUUUUAGUUUCACUUGUUCACAUUAAAACAUGCAAUGUUUCAUCCCGAUUUAUCCGUCGAUUAAUUUAGUGUUCAAGGCUAAAAAAAAUUAAAGUAGUCCCCAAGCAUGCUUCUUGUGUGCGUCCUCUUGCAUUUUUUUUAUGCGCCUCUGAUAUGUGAAGUGCACCUGGAUAGCAGAGGUGCUUAUUAGUAACUUUUCGUUUCCAUGGACUAUUGUGCCUUCCUCCUGUUGUGCUUUCUUUUUCUGAAUCCAUUUCUGUUCUACAGGUUGUGCAGCGGUUCCAAGAGUUGUUCUCCCAGACCAAAUACAAGGAGGCUGCAGAGCUUGCUGCCGAGUCUCCUCAAGGCAUUCUUCGCACUCCGGACACUGUUGCAAAAUUUCAGGUGCACGUCUUCUACAGUUCUUAGAGACACCUAUACCAAUUGCUAAGUUAUCUUUUUUGAUGAUGCCAUUUUAUUUUUUGGGCUUUUGCAGUAUGACUGCCCACAUUUUGUCAAAAUGUUUAUGUUUUCAUUUUUCUUCAAGAUUUAAAUAUUUUGUUUUUACAGAGUGUUCCAGUGCAAGCUGGCCAGACCCCACCAUUAUUGCAGUAUUUUGGGACAUUAUUAACAAGAGGAAAACUCAAUGCAUUUGAGUCCCUUGAGUUAUCCCGCCUUGUUGUUAACCAGAAUAAGAAGAACCUUUUAGAGAAUUGGUUGGCCGAGGAUAAGCUUGAGUGCAGCGAAGAGCUUGGAGAUCUUGUAAAGGUCAGUAUUGAGAUUCUUAGCACUCGUGGUUUCUUAAUAAUAAUAAUAAUAAUUGUUAUUAUUAUCUAUGAUCUUCUGUUAUGUUCCCAUAGUUAUUUGUUCACUUCUGAUUUAGAUCAUCAUUUGUACGUCCUUAUUUCUUUUUUGUAGACUGUGGAUAAUGACCUUGCACUGAAAAUAUACAUCAAGGCAAGGGCUACCCCCAAGGUUGUUGCAGCUUUUGCUGAAAGGAGGGAGUUUGAUAAGAUCCUCAUAUAUUCCAAGCAGGUAUUUGGCUCACAUAUGCCAGUGCUUGCAUUGUGACAAAGUUCUGGAGCACAGACGCUCUUUGAAAUCAUUGAUUAAUUUUGGUUCACUUUGGGUGUUGAUGUGUUUAUUUAUCCUCAGUGUCAAGUGACGUUUGAUUUACUUGACUGAAUUUCCCUUUUUUCUUGAGCACAGGUUGGCUAUACACCAGAUUAUCUUUUCCUUCUGCAAACAAUUCUACGGGCUGAUCCUCAGGUAUCUCGUCUCAUUUACUUAUUCCUUGGUCAUUUUGUAGUAUUUAAUAAAUUUCUCACGUUGUCUAGUUCUUUCUGAAAAGUAGAAAGUAAACAUAUGGAACAUUUUUUAAAGAUAUUUUUGGGGUGUGAUUUGGCUUUUGCGGCUCAAUAGACUUUAACAGGUGUUUCAGUUCAAAUUUUCACCUCCUGCUGCUCUUCUUUAUGACCUUCUAUGGCUUCUCAAUUUCCUGGGCAUUUUUUCACUAAGAUUUUCAUUGCAGGGUGCCGUUAAUUUUGCUCUGAUGAUGUCACAAAUGGAAGGGGGCUGUCCAGUUGAUUACAAUACAAUCACAGAUCUUUUUCUUCAGGUUUUCCUUAAGUCCUCUUCUAUUUCCCUAGAACUACUUGGGAAAUUUAAAUGCUUACUGUUCUAAAAUGUCUUUUAUGAUUCCAAAGUUCACGAAAUUUGGGAUUUCACGGGGUGUACCCUGGCAAUGAACUGAAGUUAUUUAUUGCUUACUUUUGUUUUCUGUAGAGGAAUUUGAUCAGAGAGGCCACGGCCUUCUUAUUGGACGUUCUGAAACCAAAUCUACCAGAGCAUGCUUUCCUUCAGACCAAGGUCAUCGGUGCUUCUUGCUUAGCUUUUGACGAUCCCCUAAGCUUUGUCUCUACUUUUUAUGUAACCUGGUUCUUAUUUUCGUGACAGGUCUUAGAGAUAAAUCUGGUGACCUAUCCAAAUGUUGCGGACGCGAUAUUAGCAAAUGGAAUGUUCAGUCACUAUGAUCGACCGCGUAUUGCUCAGCUGUGUGAAAAGGCUGGCUUGUACGUGCGAGCGCUUCAGGUUGGUCGCCUUUCUAUCUCAUGCGAACUCUGUUUGUGGCCGAAGCCUUCGAUUAUGCCCUUAAUGAACAACCGCAUGUUUAUUUUGACAGCACUAUUCCGAGUUACCCGAUAUCAAGCGCGUCAUUGUGAAUACCCACGCAAUUGAGCCCCAGGUUUGUUUCCAAAUGCUAUAUUAGUCUUGCAUAGCUUGGUUUUGGUACUUAACUUUUUAAUAUUUCAGGCGCUCGUGGAGUUCUUUGGGACUCUCUCAAAAGAAUGGGCGUUGGAGUGCAUGAAAGAUCUACUGAUCGUAAAUCUCAGGGGAAAUCUUCAGAUAAUCGUGCAGGUAUUUUUUUUGUAAUCGACAGUGUAUUCUCGGUGAUUGAUGACGUGGAAAUUCCUGAAAACUCUCUGCUAUGUAGGCUGCCAAAGAAUAUUCCGACCAACUGGGUGUUGAUUCAUGCAUAAAGCUUUUUGAGCAGUUCAAAUCCUACGAAGGUCUAUACUUCUUUUUGGGAUCGUAUUUAAGCUCCAGGUAAAGAAACCUCUCUACACUUCGGAUGGUUAUUAUUCCUUUUCUGUAUUUUGGGUUAAUUUUCUCCGUUAUGAAUUUUUCUAUCCAGCGAGGAUCCGGAAAUACACUUCAAAUAUAUCGAGGCCGCGGCAAAAACUGGGCAAAUUAAGGAAGUAGAACGCGUCACCAGGGAAUCAAACUUCUAUGACGCCGAGAAGACUAAAAAUUUUCUGAUGGAAGCCAAGCUUCCUGAUGCACGACCGCUUAUCAAUGUUUGUGAUCGUUUUGGUUUUGUCCCUGAUCUUACUCAUUACUUGUACUCGAACAACAUGCUUCGGUACAUCGAAGGUUAUGUUCAGAAGGUAAUAGUUUUGUUUUAAAAUUUAAUGAUCUCUUUUGCAGUAUGAUUGCUCGGUACCUCUUUUAAUUUUUUCGGCAUCUAAAGUCUCUCCCUUUCCUUUUCUGAAAACUUGGUGACAGGUCAACCCUGGCAAUGCUCCUCUGGUUGUUGGUCAACUGCUGGACGACGAAUGCCCUGAAGAUUUCAUCAAGGGUCUCAUUCUUUCUGUGCGGUCUCUCCUUCCAGUGGAGCCGCUUGUGGAUGAAUGCGAGAAGAGGUGAGCAACGUUUGACUUUAUCGUCUGUACGCCUCUCUUUAGUCUGUUUCUCCAUCUGAGUCAAUGUCAAUGGAUCUGGUGGAUGUCAGGAAUCGUCUCCGACUGCUUACCCAGUUCUUGGAGCAUCUGGUGAGCGAAGGCAGCCAAGACGUGCACGUCCACAACGCUUUGGGCAAAAUUAUCAUCGACAGCAACAACAACCCCGAGCAUUUUCUCACGACCAACCCCUACUAUGAUUCACGCGUUGUGGGCAAAUACUGUGAGAAAAGGGACCCCACACUCGCGGUUGUUGCCUACAGGAGAGGGCAGUGUGAUGAAGAGCUCAUCAGCGUCACCAACAAAAACUCCUUGUUCAAGCUGCAGGCGAGGUCCGUACCAUCCAUCCGCCCCUCUUUAUUGCUAUUUUUGUUCCUCCUGCAUAGAUUCGCGUGCAACAACGUGGUAGAGGAGGGAUACCUUUCUGACAAAUCCUCAUAUCAUCGCUCGUUUCUUCCAGAUACGUUGUGGAAAGGAUGGAUGCAGAUCUGUGGGAUAAGGUGCUCCAACCCGAUAAUGAAUACAGAAGACAGCUUAUCGACCAAGUUGUGUCUACUGCUCUGCCCGAGAGCAAGAGCCCGGAGCAGGUUUCUGGUGCUGUUAAGGCUUUCAUGACUGCAGAUCUUCCCCACGAGCUUAUCGAGCUGCUGGAAAAAAUCGUCCUCCAAAACUCUGCCUUCAGCGGCAACUUCAAUCUGCAGAAUCUGCUGAUCCUGACGGCCAUCAAAGCCGAUGCAUCGAGGGUCAUGGAUUAUGUGAACAGGUUGGACAACUUUGACGGGCCUGCAGUUGGGGAGGUGGCAGUCGAAGCGCAGCUCUACGAAGAGGCCUUCGCCAUUUUCAAGAAAUUCGACCUCAACGUGCAGGCAGUCAAUGUUCUCCUCGAUAACAUCAGAAGCAUCGAUCGGGCUGUAGAGUUCGCAUUCCGCGUGGAAGAGGAUGCCGUGUGGAGUCAGGUCGCGAAGGCUCAGCUCAGGGAAGGUCUUGUGAGUGAUGCGAUCGAGUCAUUCAUCCGUGCAGAUGACGCCACCCAAUUCCUGGAUGUCAUCAAAGCCGCUGAAGAUGCCAAUGUGUAUCAUGACCUGGUGAAAUACCUGCUCAUGGUCCGGCAGAAGGCAAAGGAGCCCAAGGUGGACAGUGAGCUCAUCUACGCAUAUGCAAAGAUCGACAGGCUGGGUGAGAUUGAGGAAUUCAUUCUCAUGCCUAAUGUGGCUAACCUGCAAAACGUGGGCGAUCGGCUCUAUGACGAAGCCUUGUAUGAGGCUGCAAAGAUAAUAUUUGCUUUCAUCUCUAACUGGGCCAAGCUGGCCAGCACUCUACUGAAGCUGAGGCAGUUCCAAGGAGCAGUUGACGCUGCUCGUAAAGCCAACAGUGCGAAGACCUGGAAGGAAGUCUGCUUUGCAUGCGUGGAUGCUGAGGAGUUCCGUUUGGCCCAAAUAGCCGGCCUCAAUAUCAUCGUUCAGGUUGUCCUCACCCCUCCCCCCCCUUCCCCGCCCCUCCUGAAAGAUUCUCUCUUCAAAAUCUCUAUCCCUAAGCUUGAAAGUUUCGGUCUCUCUCGUGUAGGUGGACGACAUGGAGGAAGUCAGCGAGUAUUAUCAGAACAGGGGCUGCUUCGAUGAGAUCAUCUCUCUUAUGGAGAGCGGCCUCGGUCUGGAACGCGCCCACAUGGGCAUCUUCACGGAACUGGGCGUCCUGUACGCGAGAUAUCGCUCUGAGAAACUCAUGGAGCACAUCAAGCUCUUUUCCACUCGCCUGAACAUCCCGAAGCUCAUAAGGGCGUGCGACGAGCAGCAGCACUGGAAGGAGCUGACUUAUCUCUACAUUCAGUACGAUGAGUUCGACAAUGCCGCCACCACCAUCAUGAACCAUUCGCCAGAUGCUUGGGAUCACAUGCAGUUCAAGGACGUCGUCGCCAAGGUCGCCAACGUGGAGCUUUACUACAAGGCCGUCCAUUUCUACCUGCAGGAACACCCGGACCUCAUCAACGACCUCCUCAACGUGCUUGCCCUCCGCGUUGACCAUGCCCGCGUCGUUGACAUUAUGAGAAAGGUAUCCGCCCCCCGGUCCCGACUUUCGUUUCGUCCUCCCGUUAUAAGGACCGUCAAGUCCUGCGCUGACUUUCAUGUGCUUGCCCAGGCUGGCCACCUGCUCCUUGUGAAGCCAUACAUGGUCGCAGUACAGAGUAACAACGUGGCGGCUGUUAAUGAGGCCCUGAAUGAGAUCUACGUCGAAGAGGAGGACUAUGACAGGCUGAGAGAAUCGAUCGACAUGCACGAUAACUUUGACCAGAUCGGGCUCGCCCAGAAGGUGAGAACUUCUCCUUCCUCAUCUUCAACUCCCUACCCCGCCCCCCUUCGGAAAGAAAUAAAAAGAAAAAGAAAAAUCGAAAAUCUGGUCUUUUAAUCUCUCGUGCUGCGUGACUUUGGCAGACCGAAAAGCACGAGCUUCUCGAGAUGAGGCGCAUCGCCGCCUAUAUUUACAAGAAGGCCGGGAGGUGGAAGCAGUCCAUCGCUCUGUCCAAGAAGGACAACCUGUACAAGGACGCCAUGGAGACAUGCUCCCAGUCCGGCGACCGCGAGCUUUCUGAAGAGCUUCUCCUUUACUUCAUCGACCAGGUACUCCUCAGAAGUCGCCGCCCAAUACCUUGACUUUUUUGCCUUUAGAAUCGAAACGUCAGAAUGUUGUCCAUUUCCCUGCUGUUUAACCAGACAACUCCAUGCCCGAAUGUGCAGGGAAAGAAGGAAUGCUUCGCGUCGUGCCUCUUCAUUUGCUACGAUCUCAUUCGACCCGACGUCGCGCUGGAACUUGCGUGGAUGAACAACAUGAUCGACUUCGCUUUCCCCUAUCUCCUCCAGGUAAUCAUCCCUGCUCUCUCUCUCUCUCUCUCUCUCUCUCUCUCUGUUUAAUCUUCUCUUAUACGUCGUGCAUCCGCAGUUCAUCCGCGAGUACAGCGGCAAAGUGGACGAGCUCAUCAAGGACAAGCUUGAGGCCCAGAAAGAAGUAAAAUCCAAGGAGCAGGAAGAGAAGGACAUGGUCGCCCAGCAGGUAAUAAAUGAAGUCUUCUGAACUCUCAGGGCCUCCUUCCUCCUGGUAGUUGACUUUCCCCCAACUAAUGUCCUCCUCCUACCUUCCCCCCCUCAGAAUAUGUACGCCCAGCUGCUGCCCCUCGCGCUGCCGGCGCCGCCGGUGGCCGGCAUGGGCGGCCCUUACGGAGCGCCGCCUAUGGGGGUGCCGCCGAUGGGGGUGCCGCCGAUGGGAAUGCCGCCGAUGCCCGCGUACGGCAUGCCGCCGAUGAGCGGCUACUGA